AAACUUAUGCUGCUGCUUCCGCCGCCGUUUUGUAAAAAAGAGGAAGAGACGACAUUAACCCGAAAGAAAAAAUAAUCCGAUACUAAUGCCGCGGGGUCGCCCCCCUAAAUCCAGGGGUGGGGACGGAUCACAACCAGAUGGUGAUUUAACUUCAAACGGCGAGAAUAAUAAUUAUGCUUACCAUGGAAUAUCCUAUAAGUGUGACAUCUGCCUGUUAUCUUUUCCCAAAGAGACUCAGUACCAGAGACACAUGCGUGACCAUGAGAGGAAUGAUAAGCCUCACCGAUGUGACCAGUGCCCAAUGUCAUUUAAUAUUGAUUUUAACCUGACGCUUCACAAGUCUACACACAAUGUGGAUGAUCCUGUGUGUCCGGCAUGCAACAAGAAGUUCUCUCGAGUGGCGAGUCUAAAAGCCCACAUUAUGCUUCAUGAGAAAGAGGAGAUUCUUAUCUGCUCUGAAUGUGGUGAUGAAUUCACUCUUCAAACUCAUCUUUCUCUCCACAUGGAAGAGCAUCGUCAAGAGAUAGUGGGAAGUAAGACAUACAGUUGCAAAUCAUGCAAGAAGACAUUUGAUUCUGCUCCACAGCUUAAAGACCACAUGAAAACUCACUUAAAAAUCAGGGUCACAAGUACAAGGUCAUACAAUCGAAACAUUGACAGGAGUGGGUUCUCUUACACCUGUCCACACUGUGGUAAAACCUUUCAGAAACCAAGCCAGUUGACACGUCAUGUUAGAAUACACACAGGUGAAAGACCCUUCAAAUGUAAUCUCUGUGGAAAAGCUUUUAACCAGAAGGGGGCACUGGCGACUCAUAUGGUUAAACACACUGGUGAAAAGCCCCAUGCAUGUGGUUUUUGUCCUGCAGCCUUUUCUCAGAAAGGCAAUCUACAGUCUCACAUACAGCGAGUUCAUUCAGAGGCAAAGAAUGGAGCUACAUACGACUGUAAUGAUUGUAGCUGCAUUUUUAAAAGUCUUGGCAGUCUUAAUACUCAUAUUAGCAAGAUGCACGGGAUUGGCGCACAGCAAGCAUCAGCUGCAACUGGUGGAAUACCUCAUGUAAAUAUGGCUGCAACACAACCUCCACCAGUUCCUGAUACUAAUAUCCUACAACCAACUACAGAUGACAAGUGGAAAAAUCAGACAGUAGUUUUUCAAGCUGUACCAGCUCAGACGGACUCCACAGGAACAUCAUCAACUGAAGAACAGGGGCAGCAGCCGGCUGUGACAGAUGUUAUCCAGCAGCUAUUAGAGCUGUCUGAGCCAGUGCCUGUAGAGAAUCAUCAGAAUCAGCAAUCCGAACAACAACUUAACAUAGCAGUUGGGAUUAACAGAGAUAUUUUACAGCAAGCCCUAGAAAACAGUGGUCUUUCAUCAAUCCCAGUUUCAGCACUUCCCACUGACACUACUCAGGGAAAGACGACAGUGCAAGUAAUUGAAUGCCUCUCAAGCCAGCAAAUAGAGUGCAAUGACCAGGAGCACGUGGUAGAGCAAGAGGACCAGGAUACGACUGACAAGAGUGAAAAAAGGAUUAUAAAGAAAAAGUCAUUUUCCACAGGUUCUUUCAGAGAAGAAUGUGGCAUCCGGUGGCACAUUUGUACUUACUGUGCAAAGGAGUUUAAAAAGCCCAGUGAUCUUGUUCGGCAUAUUCGUAUCCACACCCACGAAAAGCCUUUCAAAUGUCUACAGUGUUUCAGAGCCUUCGCUGUAAAAAGUACUUUGACAGCCCACUUAAAGACGCACACUGGCAUCAAAGCUUUCAAAUGUGAAUAUUGCAUGAAAUGCUUCUCCACCUCUGGAAGUUUAAAAGUUCACAUUCGUCUACACACUGGUGUUAGACCAUUUGCUUGUCCACAUUGUGAAAAAAAGUUCCGUACUUCAGGUCACAGAAAGACUCAUAUUGCUUCACAUUUUAAACAGUGUGAAUUGAGAAAAUUACGGCAACAGCGUAAACCUGGUAAAGUUCGUGCUGGAAAAUGUAAUGUUCCAUUAUCUGAGAUUCCUUUACAAGAACCCAUACUCAUCACAGAUCUAGGUCUCAUCCAGCCCAUUCCCCGUAAUAGUCAAUUUUUCCAGAGCUACUUGAUUAAUAAUUACACACAUGAAGUUGAUAGGCCAUAUAAAUGUUAUUACUGCCAUCGAGCAUAUAAGAAAUCCUGCCAUCUUAAACAGCAUAUCAGGUCUCAUACUGGUGAAAAGCCUUUUAAGUGCACACAGUGUGAAAGAGGCUUUGCAUCAUCUGGUGUCUUAAAAGCACACAUCCGAACACAUACAGGAUUAAGGGCUUAUAAAUGCCUUGUAUGUAAUGGGGCUUUCACCACUGGUGGUAGUCUACGGCGUCACAUGGGUAUUCAUAAUGACUUGAGGCCUUAUAUGUGCCCUUAUUGCCAAAAAACAUUUAAAACUUCUUUAAAUUGUAAAAAGCACAUGAAAACUCAUAGAUAUGAGCUUGCUCACCAACUUCAGCAGCACCAGCCAGCAGCUUCAGAAGACACAGUUGAUCAGAUUCAUGUAUCUAAUCAGAUACACGUGGAGAUUGUGGGAGAAGAGCUGCAUCAGACAAACAAUGUGGCCACACAAGAAGAAGCUAUAUUGCAGCUAAGCCCACAGCCUGUUAUAGAUAAUGUUUCAACUGCUUUAGCACAGUCUUUGGCUGAUCAGCCCAUAGAAACAGAUGAAGACAGGUUUGUGACUUCCCAGCAUGUUCUGCAGGAGAAUAUCAGCCACUAUGAUCCCCAAGGAUUGCCUCAGCAAUCAUAUGAUCAACAGGGUCUAACACAGGUUGGCUUUACAGUGACUGAUGGCUUUAGUCAGCAUCCUCAGUUUCCAGCUGUUCAACAACUGCAAGAUUCAAGCACUCUCGAGUCUCAGGCACUUUCAACCAGUUACCAACAACCUGCUCUUUUGGAAGUUUCAUCCGCAGACACCAUCAAUGUAGCUGCACGUCUCAUUCAAGAAGAAUCACAUGAAGAAAUGGAACUGCAGGCCCAGAGUACUCCAUAUUUAGAAACUACAGAUGAUCAUAGUAGGCGAAUCUACAGAUGUGAGUAUUGCAAUAAGGGUUUCAAGAAAUCAAGUCAUUUGAAGCAACAUGUCCGGUCGCACACUGGGGAGAAGCCUUAUAAAUGUAAUAUGUGUGGCCGUGGCUUUGUUUCUUCAGGGGUGCUCAAGUCACACGAAAAAACUCAUACAGGAGUUAAAGGCUACAGCUGCACUAUUUGUAAUGCAGCAUUCACUACAAAUGGCAGUCUGACAAGGCAUAUGUCAACACACAUAAGCAUGAAACCCUAUAAGUGUCCUUUUUGUGAAGAAACAUUCAGGACAACAGUUCACUGCAAGAAGCACAUGAAGAAACAUCAGAAUAUAUCCACAGCUCUUGUUUCUGAUAAUGAUUGUACUGCAAGGGAAGAGGAAGAUAUUGGUCUUGAUGAAGAUGAUGAAAAUUCAGAACGAUCAAAUUCACGAAAAUCUCGUCAUGGCGUUAUCACUUUCACAGAAGAGGAAACGGCAGAACUUGCAAAGAUUCGACCACGGGAAGGCGCUACCAUCUCUGAAAAAGUAUUGGUACAAUCAGCAGCUGAGAAAGACAGAAUAAGUGAAAUUAAAGAUAAACAAGCAGAGAUGGAAACUGAGCCAAAGUUUGCCAACUGUUGCAAUUACUGUCCUAAAAGCUUUAAAAAGCCCAGCGACCUGAUAAGGCAUAUACGAAUCCAUACUGGUGAGAAACCUUACAAAUGUGAUGAAUGUGGAAAGAGUUUUACUGUUAAGUCAACACUGGAUUCCCAUGUGAAAACACAUGGUGGGCAGAAACUCUUUAGUUGUCAUGUCUGUUCCAACUCUUUCUCAACAAAGGGAAGCCUAAAAGUGCACAUGCGCCUACACACAGGAGCAAAACCAUUCAAGUGCCCUCACUGUGAUAUGCGCUUCCGAACUUCUGGGCGAAGGAAGACUCACAUACAGUGUCACUACAAAGGAGACUGCAAAAAGAUAAGGAAGACUAUGCUUCGUAGACAUCUUCCACAAACAGGAGCUCAAAUAUCUAGUACUGCAACAACCACAUCUGAAUCACUACAGCCAAUAAGCCUUCUUAACACUUCUGCAACAGAUCCAAAUGUCUAUAUCACAAACAGUUCUGUUCUUUCCAGCCAAUUUGAUCAAAAUUUACUUCAGCAGGGUCUUGUUGGACAAGCUAUUCUUCCAGCUUCUAUGUCAGCUGGUGGUGACUUAACAGUGUCAUUGUCAGAUGGUAGCCUAGCUACUCUUGAAGGAAUUCAGUUGCAACUUGCUGCAAAUCUGGUUGGUCAGAACGUACAAAUUUCUGGACUAGAUGCUACAGGCAUAAACAACAUUACGCUACAGAUUGACCCCAGCAUUUUACAGCAAACCCUGCAGCACAGCAGUAUUAUUCCUCAACAGCUUUCUGGAGAUCCAGGCACAGCCCAGACACCCAACAGCCUACAGUCAAGCGAGAAUGCUGUACCAGCGAAUGUUGUUCUUCAGCCUAUAACAAGCUUAUCCCUUCAGUCUGCAACAACAUCAUCUUCAAAUAUGACUAUAGGAUCUAUUCCUGAGCAAGAGUCUGUUCUGACCUCAAGCAGUGCAUCUGAUCAAGACCUUUCUCAGGUGAUGACUUCCCAAGGGUUGGUGUCUUCCUCCAAUGGACAACAUGAAAUUACGCUGACUAUUAAUAAUUCAAGUCUGAGCCAUGUUUUGGCUCAUGCUACUGGUACCACACCUACUACAUCAACUGGAUCACCACAGGAAAUAACUCUUACCAUAUCUGGUCAGGAUAUCAUGCAACUUGGCUCUUCUGGAAGCAAUGAACUGACUGGGAACUUGCGACUGAACACAGCUGCAAUAACUAAUCAGUCAUCUGAAACCUCUUUAUCAUUAAGCAGUGAUCAUAUUUUGUCACAGGCCACUACAUUGACAACUACCUCAGAAUUAACAACAUCCACUGGCAGUCUUCCUUGUACAACUUCAAUGACGCAGGCCCCCAUAACUACUCAAAAUUUAGUUAUGUCGUCUGGAGUUGGGGGAGAUGGUAGUGUUACCCUAACACUUGCUGACACACAGGGCAUGCUGUCUGGAGGACUGGAUGCAGUCACUCUUAAUAUCACUUCACAGGGUCAGCAGUUCCCUGGUCUUCUUUCUGAUAGCAGUUUAUCUGGACAAAAUGGUACAGGUUCUCAGCAGGUCAUUCUAGUGAGUCAUGCAGACCAAUCCUCCUCCAACAGCAAUGAGCUCAGUUACCAGGUUUCUGAUGAGGCUUCUCUUGAAAAGACCGAUCACACUGAUAAAGAUGACCAAAUUCAUCAGUGUUUUGAGUGUAAUCAUUACUUCGGUUCAGCUUCCAUAUUAGCAGAUCACAACAAAGAAGUUCAUGGAAAAGAGAGAAUACAUGUUUGCCAUCUGUGUAAUAAAGCCUUUAAAAGAGCAUCUCAUCUGAAGGAACAUAUGCUGACACAUCAGCCUGGUCCUUCACGAAGUUCUCAGAUGCCCAAAUUGUGUAUAUGUGUAACCUGUGACAAAGCUUUUGCCAAGCCCAGUCAGCUGGAAAGACACAAGCGAAUUCACACAGGUGAACGUCCGUUUCAGUGCACGCUAUGUGAGAAAGCUUUUAACCAGAAGAGUGCACUACAGGUGCAUAUGAAAAAACACACUGGGGAAAAGCCUUAUAAAUGUGAUUACUGCUCAAUGACCUUCUCACAGAAAUGUAAUAUGAAGCUACAUAUGAGGCGUAGCCAUGCUUAUCCUGAUCUUAUAGAGGAAGUUUCAAUGCAUCCAGAUGAAGGUGGACAAGACAUCACUCAAACUCUUAAUCUGGAAGAGGUUGUUCAGGAGCAGUCAAAUGACUGGCAGUGUGGCAUAUCCAAUGUUUUUCGAUGACGUCUCCUAAUGUACAAACUGUUAUUAUGACUUUAUUUUUGCUAGUCAAUUUAUUUAAAAAAAAUACAGACAUCAGUAUUGUUUGAAAAAUAUUUAAAACAUGGGAGUGGGUUUUAUGCCACAUGAACCCACAGUAGCUUUUGUCAAUGUUGAAGAAACUGUUUAUGGUUUUUCAUUUGAUCAGAACUACAGCAAUACUCAGGUACCUCUGAAUAAAGAUAUCACUACCUUCCGUUGAAAUUGAUGAACCUUUUAGAUUCUUCUUGAUAUUUGGGCGGCUCAAGACUGUCAGGAUAAGUUGAAAAUAUUGGGUUUUGUUGUAUUAUAGUUAACAAAAAAGUUUUGUAGAGAUGAAAGUGUAAAAAGCAAGUUGUCACAAACAAAAUAAACUCUAGCAGAAGAAUGUUCUGUUCCGAACAACAUUGUUAAUUUUGUUCUUGAGUAUUACAAGAUGUUCUUGUGUUUAAUUUUACUUGACUGACGGAGAAGUGGCUGGGCCACCAUCUUAUGUGAAAUACUGAGGAAGAAAUUUAAAGAUGUCUGAGACGUCACACAGUUGUUUAAUUUUAAUAAAUGUUUUUCAUUGACCAUUUUCA